AUGGGUCGCGAUAAGGCGGGUGCGCGAGGGGCGUUUCUGGGGCCUGGCCGCCUCGCUCGCGAGUUCGCCCUCCUGCAAAAGCAGGGCGGGGUUCCCCACGUCCAGUUGCGACCGGACCUGAACGACAUGCUCACCUGGCAUUUCGUCCUGCACGAUCUCCCUGCCGAUUCGCCUUACCACGGGGGCGUCUACCACGGCAAGCUGGUCUUCCCUACGAGCUACCCCUUUGCGCCCCCGUCGAUUUUCAUGCUCACGCCAAGCGGUCGCUUCGAAGUCAACCAGCGACUGUGCAUGUCCAUGAGUGAUUUUCACCCGGAGUCGUGGAAUCCCUCGUGGAGGCUGGAGACCCUCGCCACGGGCUUUCUCAGUUUCAUGCUCGGUGCGUUCUCUCGGGAUUCCUUCGGGCGAGUGAAAAGGAGCGAAAACCCGAAGGCGAUUGCGUUUACAACUCCGGUUUGCAAUGACGCUCGACCACGCGGGGCGAUAUUGCGACGCCGGGCGGCUCUCAGAGAAUCACGCUAG